UGAAUGCAGAUGGAGAGCCAAAACCUCACAGUAGUGACUGAAUUUAUCCUGGGGGGUAUCACUGACCGCCCAGAGCUGCAGGCCCCAUUGUUUGGACUGUUUCUCAUCAUCUAUCUGAUCUCACUCUUUGGCAACUUGGGCAUGAUCAUUCUUACCAUAGUGGAAUCAAGACUGCAAACACCCAUGUACUUCUUUCUCAGACACCUAGCUAUCACAGAUCUUGGUUAUUCAACGGCUAUUGGACCUAAAAUGUUAGCAAAUUUUGUCGUCAAUAAAAAUACAAUAUCCUUUCAUCUUUGUGCUACACAAUUAGCCUUCUUCCUUCUGUUCAUUGCUUGUGAACUGUUCAUUCUCUCUGUGAUGUCUUAUGACCGCUAUGUAGCUAUCUGUAACCCUCUGCUCUACAAUGUCAUCAUGUCACAAAUUGUAUGUUGGGUACUGGUAGCAAUACCAUAUCUUUAUAGUGUAUUUAUUUCUCUCAUAGUCACCAUAAAUAUUUUCUCUUCAUCCUUCUGUGGCUACAAUGUCAUCCCUCAUUUCUACUGUGAUGGUCUUCCCUUGAUAUCUCUGCUCUGCACAAAUGCAGAUAAAAUAGGACUGAUAAUUUUAAUUUUAUCUGCUAUUAACUUGAUUUCCUCUCUCCUGAUCAUCCUUGGCUCCUAUCUGCUCAUCUUCAGAACUGUUCUCAGAAUGAACUCUGCUGAGGGCAGGCGGAAGGCUUUCUCCACCUGCGGGUCCCACCUGACUGUGGUCACUGUCUUCUAUGGGACUUUGAUUUUUAUGUAUGUGCAACCUAAGACCAGUCACUCCUUUGACACUGACAAGGUGGCGUCCAUCUUCUAUACCCUAGUUAUCCCUAUGUUAAAUCCUUUGAUCUACAGUUUAAGAAACAAAGAUGUAAAAUAUGCUCUUAGAAAGACAGGAAAAGUGAUACACAAUAAUUUCUCAUAG